CCGCGUUGUGCCCUACGGUAAACACGUAUUUGGUUGCACAUGCUUAAAAAAAGAAAAAUAUUAUGACCUUUACGAAAUUCUCAACAUAUACUAUUUUUACUUCUUAAUCAAAAAGUCAGUAUUCCAAUUUUCCUUCUAAAACUUUCGCGCUCCUAGUCGGAUUUAAAAAAAAAAAUUCAUUUCAAUCUGUUUUUCAAUAGGAAUUUAAUAUUUUCAGUGCUAUUUUGUGUUACAGUGAAUUAAAAAAAGUUGAUUUUCUAAGUACACGUUCCAUUAAGCGUGAAAGUAUGGAGAAAGAGUGAGAAAGAGAGAGAGAGAGAGAGAGAAAGAGAGUUUAAUGACGCCACAUUGAACAGUAUAACGAACCGCAUCCUCGAAGAAAUUAAACUUUGCUCAUAAUUAAAUAACCGAAGCUUCGCGGCGCUCCAUCAUCAGUCUUCAGAAUGAAUGGAUAGAGUUUGAGAUCUUUAAAGACCUACUAUAAUUCGACACUUAAGUUACUUGACGUGAGUUCAUUGACAGUAUAUAUACAUAUAUAACACCAAGAAAAGACCUUGAUGUGAUAAAAACAAUUUUUUAAUAUAUCAUUCUUAUAAAUGAAUAAAUUUUUUUUUUCUUACGUAUUUAAAUUUAGAAAUUUAAUUAUCUAAAAUGACAAUGGGAAAAUAAAUUUAAUCAAGAUAUGUGUAACUUUAAUCGAAAUUCUAAUAUAAUAGUUAGAAAAAAAAGUUUCAAUGUGAAUGCUCAACGCUUUGUGUGGUUUUGUGUUCGCAAGUUGAAAAUCGAACUAAUUGAUGGCUUUCAAAGGAAAAUUUGAUUAUUAGUGAAUGAUUCCAAUUUAUAAAGUUAGCAGUUGGUUAAAUCGAAAUCAUGAAAGCGGAUCCAACACUUGGAACUGAUAUUCGAUGGAUGCUGUAUUUUCUUCAGAUUCCAUUAUUCAUUUUUCUACUUUUUACAGAUGUCGAGGCAAUAAAUAUAACAACAGUGAAUAUUCCAAAAGUGGUGAAAGCUGGUACCGAUCAGCAUGUUGUGCUUGAUUGUGUCUACAAUAUGGGUAAUUCACCAAAAACAGGCCUUGUAAUUAAAUGGUUUGUUAAUCAAGAUUUAUUGUAUCAAUGGAUUCACGGUAACAUGCCAACUGGUUCGGAUGAAUUUCAAAAAUAUAUUGACGAUUCAUAUAAGGCGAGCACCGACCCAGAUACAAUGUACCGUGCUGUCAAGUUAGUUCGUCCGGGACACGAGCUUUCCGGUAACGUGAGAUGUGUCAUCUCUACGCAAUACGAUGAGGCUGAUGCCAGCAGGAAAAUGCUGGUUUACUCCCCAGAGAGAGUUUUACGAUUAUCACAUUCGAGUAUUAAUCCAGAAACUAAUGAAGUCAUCGUUACCUGUAUAGCAGAAGACAUGUAUCCUAAACCUAUUAUCAUCAUUCGACAAGACAAAGAGCCAAUAGAAGAUCUAAAAGUUCACUACAAAAAUAAUACAGAUGGUAGAAUCAAUGUUGAAGCAGUUGGUGUUUUAGAUAUUCAAAAAUUACAACUACCAAUCAUUUUACAAUGUGAGGUCCUCAUUCCGGAGGCAAAUUAUUCUUCCAUUCAAGAAUACAUUUACAAUGGCGCUGCCGUUUCAAGGUCGUCAUUUUUAUUAAUCAUCAUUGGUUAUCUAGCCUCCAGGAGACAAUAACAUAAAUUAUUAAAUUCUUAGUGUAAAUUAAUUAUUUUCUUUUUUUUUUUUUUCUAAAAAUUUUCUACUGGCAAUAAUUGUUUCGCAUUUUUAAAAAGUUCUAUUCUCAUUUUCUUUUUCCUUAAAUAAAUUAAAAACACAUUUUUUAAAAUUAAAAAAAUUAAUUUAAAAAAAAUUAUAAAGAGAAUUAUUCGAAUUAUAUAAAUGUCUAAACGAUUUUAUAUAAAGAAAAUUUUUAUUGCAUAACUUUAAAAAUUGUUACUAAUAUAAAUAUGUCAGUAAUACUAACGUUGUCGUUUAAAAAGUGUUAUUGAAUUUUAUUUGAAAAACAAAGAGGGAAAAUAAAAGAAGAACAAUGUUAAGAAAAAUAUAUAAACAACAUGUGCAUGUCACAAAUGCUUAUGUAUAACAAUUUUUGCGCAAAUCAUUUAUAAUUUCCAUGUGAAUUCGUAUAGCUUGCUUCUUUAUUUUUUAAUAUUAUAUAUGAAAUUAAAAUUCAUUUUUAUGAUUUCGAUAAAAAAAAAAAAGUGAAAUCAAAACGCUAAAAAAUUAUUGAAAUCAUAAGUUUGAAUAUAAAAUAUAUGAUCAGUCAAAAGUGCCUAAGCUUAUUGCCUAAGCCUAAACGGUGUAAUUAUCUAUAAUUGCAAAAUUUUUCAUAAGUCCGCACAUUAAAAUUAUUUUGCAAAAAAAUUCUUUUAUCAAAAUAAUGCACAAUUUUUUAAAGAUAUAUAAUCUAAAUUAAAAUUAAUUUUAAAAACAAAAAAAUUUUCUAAUUUCUUAAUUUUUUUUUUUCAAAACAUGUUCCAACAUUUUUUUAAAAAUACAAAAACUUGUCAAAUAAUUUGUAAAUAAAUUUUUGAUUUCAUUGCAAUAUAAAAUUUUUAACUCUAUCGAUGACAUGCAGACAAUAUUAGACGAAAAAAAAAACAUUGUAGUUUUAUUAAUGUUUAAAGUCAUUAAAAAAAAAUUAAUUACUGCAUAUAUUUUAUAUCAUCGAAUUUUUUAGUAAAAAAAAUUUUUUUUUUUUCUAUAGUCAUUAAAUUUUUAAAAUAAACAGUUCCUUACGCAUUUGUUGACGUUUUAAUUAGCUAUGCGUAUAGACAUUAAAUUUUUAAAAAUAGUCAUUGUACAAAAAAAAAAAUCGUAACUGUCUAUAAUUGUCCAAAAAAAAAGAACUGUCGAUUUUUAAUUAGGAACAAUACAUAGAAAACGAAUCAUAAUUACGACGUGUAUAUAAAAAAAUAAAUAAAUGGACACAAUUUUAAUAUUAUAUUAAAUAUUUGUGAAUGUAUCGAUGAAUGAAAGAGAGAAUGAAUAAUUGUUUGAAUCAUCUUGUUCUGGUGCAGGGUACAUAUACGUUUAUAAAAUAAAAAAGAAAAUCUGCUAAAUAAAUGUUUAAGGCUUUCAAAUUUCAGCUCUAAAGUGAUUAAAAGGGUCAACCUGACAUAUAUAAAAAAAAACAAAAGAAUUAUUAACAAAAAAAUUUUUGAUCGUGAGAAAUGUAUAAUAAAUAAACUGAUGUGUAAUUAUAUAGUGUUUAAGAGUGAGGUAAAAAAAAAAAGAUUCAAUAUUAUGUACCCUUUAUUAUAAAAUAAUGAAUUUUGUUGUAUAGAGUUCAAUGGUGUUCUAUUUAUUUAAAGAGUAAAUAAAUUUAUCCUGUUUAUAUAAUAAUAA